AUGUCUAUCCCGUUCCCGCACGUCGGCUACUCUGAGAAGUGUCGGAAGCGCAUCCGCGUUAUGCACGCAGGGCAGGUCCUUGCCGAUACGCGCAAAGCCAAGCUAGUCUGGGAACACGUCUUCUACCCGCUCUACUACAUCCCCAUCAACGACGUCGACGAGAUCUACUUCGAGCACGCGGGCGGCGACGCCGAGGCGGACACGUACGACAUCGUCGUCAACGACCGGCGCUCGGCCGGCGCGGCGCAGCUGUUCAAGCACGGCGACCUCAAGGGGUGGCUGAAGAUCGGGUUCGAUAAGGUCGAUUCGUGGUUCGAGGAGGACGAGGAGAUAUUCGUGCACCCGAAGGACCCGUACAAGCGUACGGACGUGCUGCAGUCAUCGCGCGAAGUCCGUGUCGAGAUUAACGGCAUCGAGAUCGCAAAGACGAACAAGGCGCGGCUGCUGUUCGAGACCGGGCUGCCCGUGCGGACGUACAUCCCCAAGACCGACGUACGCCUAGAGCACCUCGAGCCAUCCGAUCUGAUGUCUGCUUGCCCAUACAAGGGCGUCGCAAGCUACUACGACGUCAAACUGCCCUCGGGAGAGAAGCUCGAGGGCCUCGUAUGGUGGUACCGCAACCCCGGCCUCGAGUGCGCCGACAUCAAAGGCUACAUCGCGUUCUACGACGAGAAAGUCGACACGUUCAUCGACGGCGAGAAGGUCGCGCGCCCGCGGACGCACUUCGGUUGA